UAAAAAUCAACAACAAAUUAAAACAACAAUGUAUAGUUCCUUCUACGUAGCUUUUUUUGUAAAUGUGUUUGUGAGUGCAAGUGGGAGAGAAUGUUGCAAGAGAAGCGGGCAGGUAGCGCAAAUGAAUUCCACGAAACUCAAAACCAUAAGCGUAGCCCUCAAACAUUAAGGAGACACCAAAAAGUACGCGCUGCUGAAGGAGGAGUUCCAGAGGCGGAGGCGGAGGCGGAGGUCCCUAGAGCCCCAAUUUUCGUAGGUAGUUCAAAUUGCAUAGGAAAAGGAAAGCAAACCCCUCCCCCGAAAAAACCUACACGCAAGGAACAUGGAGCGCAUGUGGCGGAAAGUCAACCACAGCUUGCGCAGCACCAAAUCCCAAAGCCAGCAACAGCAGUCGAAUGUCACCAGCGGCUGCAGCGGGGCGGGCACCACCGCCACUUCCAUCGCUUGUGGAGCCAGUGGAGGCCUAGCCGCCACACCACAGUCGACCGACACUAUCAACUCGGCGGGUGGAUUCGGCGAUGCGCAGCUGGUGGUUGCCGUUCAGGGAUUGCCCAGUGCAGCAGCAACUUCCGCAGGAGCGGUUGUAAGCGCCGCUUGUACCACGACUGCCACUGUCACUGCCACCGUAGGCAGCAAUGCCACUGGCAGGCGUCUGGCCAGCAUCGGCCAAACGUUGCCAGUUUCUGGCGCCUGCAAGUCGCUCAGUCAGCAUGUCCUGCAGACGCGGACAGCCUCCUCCGAACGGCGUCGGCGCCGCAGGCGCAAGAGUCGCCCACGACGCGGCGGAGGAAUGGGAGCCGUCACCAGUUGUGUAGGCGAUCCGAGCGGCGAUAAUAUGUCAUCAUCUGGCGGCUUCUAUACUCUAAAGGACCACCACCAGUACCAUCGUCACGGGCACCAUGGCCACGGAGCCGUCGGCGGUGGAGGGUCUAGUUCCUCGCGUCGCCUGUUUGCCACCUCGGCGCCCAGCGGCACAGUGAUGAUGUAUCCCAAUCCCCAGCGAGCGCCCACACUGACAGCGGGCGUUGGAUCUGGAUCUGGAUCUGGAUGUGGUGACGCCGUAGGUGGAGGACCCAUUGCAGUUGCCAGUGCUGGGGCUGGGGCCGGGGCCGUGGCCCAGCCGGACAUCUCUUUGCGCCAGCGAGCGGUUGCCAAGCUGCGGAUGUUCAACUUCCACCUCAACUGGGAUCUGCACAUGACGCAUUGCAAGCCCUGCGGACCCCGCCUAAGUGGGAGUGGCAAUAUCAUCACGCGCCGUCUGUGCCGCAACCGGAGGCGGGAAGACAACGAGCUCUACCGCUCCAACAGCUUCAAGUUUGAGCGCUUCGAGCGCAAGGAGUGCCUCGAAGAGCUCUCCAACACAUUGCAGAAGCAGAUUGCCAUCUGUGAUGAUUACAGCCUGCCCGUAGACUUUGUUAAAAAACGACCGUCCAGCUUCGAUCCGUGUCUGGCGGAGGCGAUACCAUCGAAUCCCGAGCACUGGAUAGUCCCCAGUCCACAGCAAACGGAGUGUCUGCCAUUCGGGGAAGCCCAACAAGCGACGCAGCAAGUUGCAGCAGCGGCAGUACCUCCUCUACCCGUCCCCUUGGCCACUUUGCCCAUUCAGCAGGCGGCAAUCGCAGCGACAUCAUCUGCUGCAGCAGCAGCCCAGCAGCAGCAGCUACAGCUGAACAAUAACAACAACAACACGCACAUCGGAAACCAAUCGGUGCACCAGCAGCAACAUCAUAACAAAACAUCCAAUAACAAUAACACGUUGCCAGUUGGAGCACAACAAGUGCAGCACCAGCAGCCCCAGCAGCCCCAGCAGCCCGAGCAGCGUGCAACAUUGCAACAUCCGCCGCUGCCCAACAGCAAUAUCAAGCAAGCCUCAGUGAAGCUAAUAGAAGGCUACUCUGAUCCGAAGGACACACGCCACCACAGCAGCAACAGCCACCACAAGAAGGUAUACCAUAAGAAGGUCAAGCGCCGCACGGCCCCCAGCCACAAUCGACACCAACAACAGCAACAGCAGCAGCAGCAGCAGCAGCAAAAGUUGCAACAUACAUUGCCGACGCCGCGCAGCUCCCAACAGCAGCAGCAGCAGCAGCAGCUGCAGCGGCAUUCCACCUACAACAACAACAACGACCACCAGUACCAACGGAAGGAUAAGCGGAAUAGCCACUACGAUUCGGAGUCCUCUGCGCCCAAGUCCUCCGAUGAAGAGGCGGACAUAGACGAGGAGGCUGAUCAGCCCCAGAAGCAACAGUCACAGCCGAAGCAGCAGGCUCCGUCUCAGACUGAAACGUCGGGUACAACUCCUGGAGCGGUUCUCAAUUCGCCAGAUUCCAUAUCGGACGAUUUGGUGCGCCCACUGCCGCCCCAACUACAACGGAGCCCACGAAAGCUGACCGUCGCCCCCGCAGCAGAGUGCGGCAAACGUCAGCCUUCGCCCUACUACUACUCCGAUCUCCUCAAGAGCCGCGAUAAGGAUAAGGACAGGGACAGAGAAAAGGCCAAGAAAGAGGCCAAACAGAAGUGCCGACAGUCGACGGCCAGCGAGUCGCCGCAGCAGAGAACAGAGCUACCGUGUCUGGGUGGCUACCGCAAGAGCUCCAGCUUGGAUGUGCGCCAGCAGGAGCACGGAGAGGAGCCGCCGUCACCAGCAGUAGGAGACAGCAACGAGGACAACGAGGACAACGAAAACAAGGAAAAAAAAGCAAACAACGACGACAAAGCCGACGACCACGACCACGGUCAGAGGGAGAAAGAGGCUGACCGACUGGAAGACGAACCGACGGAGGAAAACAAUCGUCUCGAGGAGGAAGAGAAGUCCGGUGAGCCAACUGGCGGUGACCAGUCGACGCCCAAGCGCUACAGCUUCACGGAGGAGGGGGUGCACAUUAUCCGGUGUGAGACACCCAGCACCAGCACAUCGGAGGAGUCCGACUGCAGUGAGUGCCUGAAACGGCGCGAGUGGCAUGCCCGAGCGUUGGCCCUAGUCCGCAAGACCUGCAACGUCCAGCCACGUCACCAGUCCCAGUCUCAUCCAUCUCCAUCCACUAGCAGCGAGCUCCAGCUGCAGUUGCAGCACUGUGACGCCGGCGAGGGGGAACUGCUCAAGUGCUGCCCCCCGCUUCCUGCGAACGCCACGAACCCCACAGCCGCGACCUCAGCGGAGUCUUCGCCGCCGAUGCCACCGCACCGUCUGCUCGGACCAGCAGCCGUGUGCGGAGCCUGUAUUGCCACCACCCAAGCCGGAGGCGGAGGUGGAUCUGGAGCUGCAGGUCGACUGAGCGAUGAGCCGGAGGAGGAGCUCGAGGAGUACUUCCGGCCGCGCAGCAUCUUCUAUGUGCACCCGCAUGGCGUGCACGAGUGCGCCGAGUGCGCCCCGAUCCCAAUCCCGAUCCCGCUUCCCCUGCCGCUGCCGCUGCCACUGGUCCGUUCCGAGAAGCUGUUACUGAGCGGACGCUCAGCUUCGCAGUCCGUCAACUCGCUCUACGGGGACGACGAGCGCGAGGAGGAGGACGACGACGUCGACGCAGACGCAGACGCAGACGCAGACGAAGGCGAGGAGGAGGACGAUCCCGACUCGGACAUAAUGGCCAACCGCAGGCGACAGAUAUACGAGACGGCCUUCGACUGCAAGAUAGCCAAGUCGGACGACGACCUGGACGAGGUGGACCGCAUAACCAACCAUUCCGUGCUCCUCCAGCUCAGCAACGGCAACAGUGAGACCGUUGCGGCGGCUGCGGCUGCGGCUGCGGCGGCCAAGGCAAAGAGUCGCCUGGAGUGUAAGCGAACGAAGAACUCGAAGAACCAGGCCCUGCAGGAGCAAAAAGGCGAUGGCCACGCCCACGUCCAAGUGCACCAGGUGCAGGCAGAGCUGGGAAAUAUGCAGCUCGAAGGUGAUCACCAAAAUCAGAACCAGAGCACCAACCCGGCGGCGGCAGUGGGAACGGCAGCGAGUGGAGCCAGUGCCUCCAGCACGCAGCAGUUGCCAGUACGGGGCUACACGCCCUCGCCACCCUCGACGGCACCGCUGCCCAUGAAGUUUCCUGGGAAACAGGAGCGCUACAUGAACAGCAUCAAGAGCGCCCCCAACCUGCCCGCCACCAAUCCUGCCCAUCCGCGGCUGCGCGACCUGCGCCUGCCCCUCCAGGCGAUGCGCCUCCACCAGCAGCAACAGCAACAGCAGCCGCAGCCGCAGCCGCAGCAGUUGUGUGCGUCCAGCAACGACAACAGCCUCACCGACAGCGCCUACGUGAAUCCGCCCUCUACCAACUCAAACUCCGCCUCGGCUGGAGCCUCGGCUUCCGCAUCAGUUUCCGUCACAGCAUCUGCUUCGGCCGCCGACCGGCGGCCACGCUCCUUUGUGCUGGAGUCGGGCCGAGUUCUGGAGCUGCGACGCAGCGCCCAGGCCCACCCGCAGCAGCAGCGUCAGCACCACCACCACCACCAUCACCAUGCCGCAGGUGUAUCGGCAGCACGACGCACCCGCCACGGCCAGGGCCAGGGCCAGGGCCAGGCGCAGGGACCCAACUACAGCUCCACGGAAUCCAUAGCCACAUCCAGCAGCGGGGGCAGCAUGGAGUCGCUGCGUUCGAGCACCAGCGAGGGCAACCGGAGCACGUCAAGCUCAGAGUCGCGCCACUCAAGCUCUCUUAGCUCCCACAGCUCGGAGAGCGGCAGCUCCAGCGUGGCGUACCCGCUGCGGCCGGCACCUCUCCUACUGCACUCCAAACUGCACAUCCUCAGUCCCAUCUCAGACAAGUCCUCGCAGGAGCCUGCCUCGGUCAGUGCCUCCGAACAGUCACAGCAGCCAUCCCAGAGCCAGCCGCAGGCCCCUUCCCAGGAGCAGCAGGAGGCCCUCGUGCCGGGCACCUCCGCUGUCGCCACCUCCGCUCCGUUUUCGUCCAGGCAGCAGCGCAACCAGCGGGGAGGAGGUGCGGCGCCCAACAAGGCGCUUCUGCACUUGGCAGACGAGCUGCUUGGCUCUGACAGCGGAAUCUCGCUGCAUUCUCGUGAGGAGGGCAAGCCGCUGCCUGCCCUGGCCGUACAGCGCCUCACGCUGCCCAAGCUGCAACUCAUUGGGGCAGAGCCCGUCAGCCAGGGAGCUGGCGGGGGAUCCUCGGCCGCAGGUAGCUCAGGCACGGGCACUACCGCCGGCGCAGCAGGAGCACCAGGAUCAGCCAACGUUGGCAUACCACAGGAGCUGCGCGACCUGCCCUUCGACAUGCCAAAGCUGCGGCGACGCAAGACGCUGCAACAAGAGGCUGCCUGCACAUCCGGCAGCGCCACCUCAGUAGACCUUGGCGAGCUGCCCUUCGACAUGCCCAAACUGCGGCGGCGCCUGCGCGCCAACCAGGCGGAGAUCAAUAACCUACUGAUGCACAGCACCGAGUCUAGUGGCAUAUCGCAGACUUCUUCCAGUCACUCGAUGCGGGAAGAUCAGAAGCUGGCCAGCAAGAUAGAUACAGCGCUCUUCCGGCAAAACCUCACGCUGAAUCUAAGUGAGCCGCGGCAGGCCACGAAACAAUUCGGAAGCCUCGACCUGCGGGGACUCAAUAGCGCCAAGGAGCUUAACAUAAAUAUAUGCCAGGGCUAUGUGACGGCUGUGGAUCUGAUUGAUGUCAGCAUACCGCUGGAACGGCAGGGUUGGUAUCACGGCGCUAUUACGCGCAUCGAGGCGGAGACAACGCUCCGUCCACUGACAGAGGGCUCUUUUCUGGUCCGAAACUGCGAGUCCACCAAGCAGGACUACUCCCUCUCUCUCAAGGGAGCCAAGGGCUUUAUGCAUAUGCGAAUUCAGCGCAACGAAACGGGACAGUACAUCCUGGGGCAGUUCAGCCGUCCCUUCGAUACAGUGCCUGACAUGAUCCGUCACUUCUGCCUAAACCGGCUGCCAGUGCGGGGUGCCGAGCACAUGUGUCUGAUCGAGCCAGUCAUUGCGCAGCUACUCUAGGAGGAUCGUCGCAGCGCAGUGGAGCAGAGGGAGCAGCAGUCAUCGCGAUCGGAUGGAAACCAAACAGAAUUACAUAUUAAUAGCAUAUAGAGGAUAUAUAGGAACAAACAAAAUACAACAUACAAAGCGAAUUCACUAGUUAUACAUACGUAUAUGUGUGUAUAUGCGAUAGUUUUAAAGCGAACUUGCAAUUCAUUUUUCUUCCCAGGUUAUUUUUUGUACUUGCAUCGUUUUUGUACAUCUUCGAUCUACAAAACAGCAAGGCAGAACCCCUCCCAAGCACACACUCACACACCUUCUCCCUCUGAGAUACAAACUAUUGUAGUUUAGCGUUUAAAAUACGUAGCACAUUCAGACAAUACCAGAAAUUGACAUAGAAAAAAAAACCAUAUUUAUAUAGAAGGCAUAUAUACAACCAAACAUACAAUGUAGUAUAUACACAUAUACAUACAUACAUACAUAUAUAGUAUAUACAGUAUAUACAUAUAUAUUGAUAUUGAUAUUGAUAUAAAAGAGCACUUGACAACAGUUGCUAGACGUAGUACAGUACGACACACACGAUAUGAUAUAAUACAAGAAGAACGAGAACAACAUUUUUUUAGAUGUGUUUACACAGUGGAUAGCAACAGCAGCAGCAGCAGACGCAGAAGUAGGAAUGGAAAGGACUACUCCUGCCAGAGGCAGUGGCAGAGAGCAUCUCACGUUUGGUUAGAGGUUUGUGGUAGAACACACAGAUCUUAUUACUGUACGAUCGAUACUUAAGCAACCUAAGAAACUUUCUGUAGCACGCACUGACGCUCUGCACCAAACACACUUCUUACACACACACACACGCACCAAUGCCGUCACAGAAGGCCCCACCUCUGGUUGUAUUUUAGUUGCGAUUCCGCUUUUCCCGGUCACUAACCGUAGUGUGGGGCAGGGGCAUGGAUACCGCUUAGGGCACGAUUACGCUAAGAAUGAAAACAGUUUCAAGUUUCGGCAAGCAACUCUAAAAAUUUGUUGAUUAAUUUUAUGUUACGAUGAGGAAAACGGGAUAAAACGAUUAGAAUCAAAGCAAAGACGAGACCGAUAAUGAGAAAGAAUAUGAAAUAUGUAAAUGUACGUGUAAGUUAAGCAAAGAGGAUUCAAGCCAAGAGGAUUGUGUCAUUUUUUUGUCUUAGCUGUACGCCAGAGGUAGAGGACUCUCUCGCACGUAUGUAGAAGUAGGACGCUCAAAGCGGUCUCAGUUGGUUGAUGAGUCGAAUCGAUGAAUGAAUGUAGGGAGAGAUGGAUGAGGGAUAUGGAUGAAUGGGGCAAGGAUAUAGCAACGCAUAUGAAAAUUUCGGUUUUAAGUUUUAGUUUCUAAUUGAGUAAUUGAUGAGGGGAAGCGUGCAAAUACGAACGCAGAGCAAAACUACAUACAUACAUAUGUAUAUACAUUUAUACAUUAUGUAUUAUGAAAGCAAACAGAUUAUACAUACAUAUAUAUAUACCUACUAUUUAUAUUUCUAUAUAUAUACACGACAUACAUAUUAAAGAGCAGUCAAUGGUUUUUUGGUUCCAGUUCCAAGAGAACCAACUUUGCAGUGCCAUUGGCAGUGCCAGGGUCUAUCCCAGUAUACCCAGUAUAUUCCCCAGUGUCAGGAUCUAACUAAUUAUCGUUUCUAGCAGUUUCUUUUCUGUACCACCUUUGUACCGCCGAGCAUUACGAGUAUAUUAUUAUUACAUUGACAUUGUAUGGUAUGUGUGCAACAACUGAAUACCAGUCCCUUAUCCAGAGCUAUGUAUGUUUUCUACAUUAGUUGUACAUGUGUGCCAAAGUAUUACGCUAGUCUUAUGAUAUAUUUUAUUUUCGUUAUAUUGUGUUUUUUUGCCUAAAUUAUAAUCCCAGGCAAUCCGAUGCAGUGCAAUAUACGUUUAUACUUAACUAACGUUUGACUAAUUGGUGACUAAUUUACGAGUGGCUUUAAGCUUUCCAUACUAGUAGAUACGGGUAUGUGUGCAAACAAUUUGUCCAUCAGAUGUCAGACCACAUUCCUGCUUCCGGGGCGAUAGUUUUCCCAUUUUCCGUACUCCCUUCCCUUUCCGCACCUGGCCAACGUGUUGGUAAACAAAGCUGCGUCAAUUUGUAAACGGCUUUUGUAAAUAUAAAAAAAAAAUCCAAACAUAUACUAUAUACACCAAAAAAAAAACACUUGAAAACUCGAGUGCAUACAAGUACAGUACGAUUUUAUUUGAAAUACAACCGUUAAGCAUAAGAUUUCAACUUCACAUAGUACGAAUAGCAGAGUUAGCAGUGCAGCUGCACGUGCAUUGUCCAUAUGUUGCAUCGAAGCAUCAACAGGCAACAGGCAACAGCAUCCCAAAACAAUACCAAUACCCAUACAUACAUACAUACAUACAUAGCGAUGUAUUUGAGGCUUCCGUAGCAAUAAAGAGCGAACCAACACCUACCACACUGGUAGAACCUCAUGUGGAGACCCACAGGUUCACAAAGAGCAGCCCCUUAUAGCACACAUCCGUUGUUUCAUGAUGAGUGUUGAUCAAACAUUCGUUUCAAUUUCUGUUGUGUAUAAAUGUACUUAGUCUUGUACUCCAACUAUCUCUCUCUAUAUGGUAACCAAAUAGUAUCUGAUAUCUGAUUAAUUUGAUUAAUCUGAGUACAAUUAAUAAUACACGCUGAACAGCAACAAAUCUAACAAAAAUAAACCGUAAAACCAACCACAACAACAACAAGAACAAC